GCUACAAACAGCAGCAUCAGUAUCAGCAUCAGCAUCAGCAUCUCUGGGUAUCUAUAGUACACACAGCAUGGGGCUCUGCAGCACCCUCACUUGCCUGAUGUGUCUCACUCUGCCCUGGUACCUCUACGCAGAACAAGUUAUCCUGCUGGAUUCCAAAGAAUCACAGGCCGAGUUGGGCUGGACUUCACAUCCAUCUAAUGGAUGGGAAGAAAUUAGUGGUGUUGAUGAGAACUACAAGCCAAUUCGCACGUAUCAAGUGUGCAAUGUCAUGGAGCCAAAUCAGAACAACUGGUUACAAACAGGCUGGAUUCUGCGGCGGAAUGGGCAAAGGAUCUUUAUUGAGAUCAAGUUCACUCUGAGAGACUGCAACAGUAUUCCUGGAGUGGUGGGAACAUGCAAGGAGACCUUUAACCUUUACUACAUUGAAUCUGAAUUUGAUAUGGGGAAAAACAUCAAAGAGAGCAAGUAUGUAAAAAUUGACACCAUUGCAGCUGAUGAAAGCUUCACCCAAGGGGAUCUUGGAGAACGUAAAAUGAAACUGAAUACAGAAGUAAGAGAGAUUGGACACCUUAACAAAAAAGGUUUUCACCUGGGAUUUCAGGAUGUUGGGGCCUGUGUUGCCAUAGUAUCUGUGCGUGUCUAUUAUAAAAAGUGCCUCUCCACAGUGCAGAACCUGGCAGUAUUUCCGGACACAGUGGCAGAGGCAGCCUUUUCAACAUUGGUGGAAGUUAGGGGGACUUGCGUGAAUAACUCUGAAGUAGACUUGGAUAAUCCACCCAGGAUGCAUUGCAGUGCAGAGGGGGAGUGGCUGGUCCCUAUUGGAAAAUGUACUUGUAGUGCUGGCUUUGAAGAAAAGGAAGGUAGCUGUACAGCUUGCCCUCCUGGUUUUUACAAGAUGCCCAGCCGACUGCAGACCUGUAUUCCUUGUCCUCAACAUAGCUACACCAAUCAAGAAGCAUCUACUGCAUGUAUCUGUGAGAAGAACUUCUACAGAUCUUCCCUGGACACCCCUUCUACUUUGUGUACACGCCCACCUUCAGCCCCAAAAGAUCUCAUUUAUAGCAUGAAGCAGACAACGCUAGUUUUAGAAUGGAAUCCACCACUGGACACAGGAGGCAGAGGGGACAUUAUGUACAAUAUUUUCUGUGACCGUUGCUUCAUUGCCUUUCAACAAUGUGAGCCCUGUGGCAGCAGUAUUGGGUAUGUUCCACAGCAGAUUGGAUUAGUUGAGCGGACAGUUACACUGGUAAAUUUGCUGCCCCACAUGAACUACACUAUCCGGGUGGAGUCUGUAAAUGGAGUCUCUGAUUUUAGCAUGUAUACUAAGCAGUUUGCGGAAAUUAACAUCUCAACCAGUAAUGCAGCCCUGUCUUUGAUCACUGACAUCCGAGCGGACAAAGUGGAUCAAAAAAGCAUCACGUUAUCAUGGCAGGAGCCAGCUUUCCCAUUCAUCAACAACACAGAGUAUGAGAUCAAGUACUAUGAAAAGGACCAAAGAGAUCAGAGCUAUUCCACUUUGAAAACACCUCUCACAUCAGUGACUGUUCAUAACCUGAAGCCUGGAACGGUCUAUGUCUUCCAAAUCCGUACAUCAUCAUCAUCCCAAGAUUAUGGUAGUUACAGUCCAAGCAUUGAAGUGGAAACACUAGGAGAAUUGGCUCUGGCAUCAAGUGAACAGAACCCUCUCAUCGUCAUAGUGAUAGUGUCUGUGGCUGGAUUUAUUGUGCUGAUCUCCAUGGUGGUCGGACUCAUGAUAUGGAGAAGGCAGUGCGGCUACAGUAAAGCAAGUCAGGAUGGAGAUGAAGAACUGUACUUUCAUUUCAAAAUACCAACAAGAAGAACUUACAUAGAUCCAGACACGUGUGAGGACCCCAUGCAAGCUGUUCACUUGUUUGCCAAAGAAUUGGAUAACUCCAGCAUAAAAAUAGAAAGAAUACUUGGUACUGGGGAAUAUGGUGAAAUUUGCAAGGGUUGCUUGAAACUUCCAAGCAAGAGGGAGCUUCCAGUUGCCAUACAGACCCUCCGAGCUGGCUGCUCAGAGAAACAGAAGCGCUCAUUUCUGGCAGAGGCUAGCAUAAUGGGACAGUUUGACCAUCCCAACAUCAUACGCCUAGAAGGAGUCAUUACUAGAGGUAAUACAAUGAUGACUAUAAUGGAAUAUAUGGGUAAUGGCGUUCUGGAUUCCUUUAUAAGGAAACAUGAGGGGCAAUUCACCAUUGCUCAGCUCGUUGGUAUGUUGACUGGUAUAGCUUCAGGAAUGAAGUACCUGACAGAGAUGAGCUACAUUCACAAGUGCCUUGCUGCACACAAAGUCCUAGUCAACUCUAACCUGGUCUGCAAAAUAUCAGGAUUUCAACAUAUUCAAGAUGAUAAACUUGAUACGGUGUAUUCCACCAUGGGUAGAAAGAGCACAGUUUUAUGGACAGCACCAGAAGCAAUUCAAUAUAAUCGCUACAGUACUGCCAGUGAUGUAUGGAGCUUUGCUAUAGUAAUGUGGGAAGUCAUGUCUUAUGGUGAAAGACCCUACUGGGACAUGUCUAAUCAAGAUGUAAUCAAAGCCAUAGAAGAUGGAUUCCGACUUCCAGCACCAGUGAACUGUCCACCUGCUCUCCAUCAGCUGAUGUUAGAUUGCUGGCAGAAGGACAGAAAUGACAGACCAAAAUUCACUCACAUCCACAACAUUUUAUCCAAACACGGGCAGAGCCCUGAGAAAUGCCAGUCUGCAACAUCCACAACAACAAGAUCACACAGCACUUCCAUUCCAUUAAUUGAACGGACCUUUACAACUUUCCCCUCAUUUAGCUCUGUGGGGGAAUGGCUGCAGGCCAUUGAAAUGGAGAGAUACAAAGAUAAUUUUACAGCAGCAGGAUAUUGCUACCUUGAGUCCGUGGCCAGAAUGACAGUUCAGGAUGUUAUGAGCUUAGGAAUUACCUCUUUGGACCACCAGAAGACCAUACUUAGUGGAAUUCAGACCUUACGUGCUCAAGUUCUACAAAUGCAUGGACGAGGAGUGCAAGUGUGACCUGAGGAUGCUAAGCUAGUUCUAGGACACAGAAAUCCAAAGGGUGAGCUGUACAGCCCCCUAAUCUGGCCAAGAAAAAAAGAGGAGAAACAGAAAUGAAAAAAACCUACUGAGGCGGAAAACAUAACUAGGAGCAAUUUGGAGCCAACAUUUCUCUUAACUCCCUGAAAGUAAUUGUU